UAUUUUGCUUUCUAGUCUUCAGCGAGGCUCAUCAGUAGAUGUGGUCGGCUCUGAGGACCAGCUAGUUCUCUGAGAGUUGAUACCUCCAGCAUCUGGCUGGCCAGCGCCCUACUCUCUCUGAUGACUUCCUUCCAAAUCUUUUUCCCCAAAAUUUAAGACGACAUCAUCAUUUUUUUAUCUGUGUGCAUCUUCCCCAGCCUCCACAUUACUCUUCCUGUCCGUGCUGCACCUCAAGAAUUUCGUAGGUUAGCUGCAGUCGGCUGGCUGCUCUGAUGCAACAAUGUCAUGCCAAGAGAAAACAUUUUAUUUUGGAGCCUGGAUGAGAGUUACUCAUGACCAGAACAGAUUGAGCAGUGAGUCACCCACCAGAUGUUAUUAGAGCUGUGACAACAAGAAACCAGAUGAAACCUCUAAACUCUAUCUGCUUUCCAGACCACGGAAAUGCAGCAUAUUGAAUUUGCUUUGACUUAUGCAAACCGCAGAGCCUGAAGACAGAACAGAAUUCAAGCUGAUGUCAGAUCAUGCUCUAAUGAGAUGAGAUAAUGCUGGCAGAGCGGAUGUGAGACGACUACAUGGAGACAGUGCAAUGAAGGACUUGUCUGUCUUGUGGAUUUUCCCAGGAUGAGUGAAUCAUUUACUAGCUGCUUUCAAGUUGCUGCUGUACUACUGGCUGUGAAAGUGAGAGAACAGCUUCUGCAGAUGAAAGGCCAGCAAUGAUAGCACUGGAAUGUGACCUCGGAUGUUUAUCAGAACAACACUGGCUGUCAGAUGAUACAGCAUUCUUAUUUUUCCAACCACUUUUGGACUGGAAUCAGGCAUAACAUGCUUGGAAGUACCUGCUAGUGUUGGUUACCUGUACCCUAGCACGAGAGCUCCAGCUUAAUCCUUUUCAACACUUCUUCCAGAACAUGGGGGAAAACGAUGAUGAAAAAUACAGUCAAGCUGGACAGAUAUUUGAAAACUUUGUCCAAGCAUCAACAUGCAAAGGUACCAUUCAGGCUUUUAAUAUUCUCACUCGCCAACUUGAAUUAGAUCCUUUGGACAAUAAAAACUUUUACACCAAACUGAAGUCAAGAGUAACCACAUGGAAGGCCAAAGCUUUGUGGAACAAGCUUGAUAAAAGAGCAAGUCACAAAGAGUACAAACGUGGAAAAUCUUGUAUGAACCCUAAGUGUUUAAUUAUUGGAGGUGGCCCAUGUGGCUUGCGGACUGCCAUAGAACUUGCCUUCCUUGGAGCCAAAGUUGUCGUCGUGGAGAAGCGGGACACUUUUUCGAGAAACAAUGUGUUGCAUCUCUGGCCAUUUACAAUCCAUGACCUCCGGGGACUGGGAGCAAAGAAAUUUUAUGGGAAAUUCUGUGCAGGAUCUAUUGAUCACAUCAGUAUUCGACAACUUCAACUUAUCCUCUUCAAAGUUGCACUUAUUUUAGGAGUUGAAAUUCAUGUGAAUCUAGAAUUUGUGAAAGUCCUGGAACCUCCUGAAGAUCAAGAAAAUCAAAAGAUAGGUUGGAGGGCUGAAUUUCUCCCUGUGGAUCACCCUUUGUCAGAGUAUGAAUUUGAUGUUGUUAUUGGUGCAGAUGGCCGCAGGAACACAUUAGAGGGUUUUAGGAGAAAGGAGUUUCGUGGAAAGCUGGCUAUAGCUAUCACUGCCAAUUUUAUAAACAGAAAUACAACUGCAGAAGCCAAGGUAGAAGAAAUUAGUGGUGUUGCUUUCAUCUUCAAUCAGAAGUUCUUCCAGGACCUUAAAGAGGAAACGGGAAUUGACCUAGAGAAUAUUGUUUACUACAAAGAUAGCACUCAUUAUUUUGUGAUGACAGCAAAAAAACAGAGUCUUCUGGACAAAGGAGUGAUUAUUAACGACUAUAUUGAUACUGAAUUGCUCCUCUGUGGAGAAAAUGUGAACCAGAGCAAUUUGCUGUCCUAUGCCCGAGAAGCUGCUGACUUUGCAACCAACUACCAGCUGCCAUCCUUGGAUUUUGCAAUUAAUCACUAUGGGCAACCAGACGUAGCAAUGUUUGAUUUUACCUCUAUGUACGCAUCUGAGAAUGCUGCACUGGUGAGAGAGAGGCACAGACAUCAGCUCCUGGUGGCACUUGUUGGAGAUAGUUUACUUGAGCCCUUCUGGCCAAUGGGUACUGGCUGUGCAAGAGGCUUCUUAGCUGCUUUUGAUACCGUAUGGAUGGUGCGGAGCUGGGCUCAAGGAAAACCCCCAUUAGAAAUCCUUGCUGAACGAGAAAGCAUUUAUCGACUCUUGCCUCAGACUACACCUGAAAAUAUUAACAAGAACUUUGACCAGUAUACCAUUGACCCAGGAACAAGAUACCCGAACUUGAACUCAAGCUGUGUUCGACCUCACCAGGUGAGACAGUUAUUUGUUACCAAUGAGUUACAGCAAUGUCCUCUUGAAAGAGUAAGCUCCGUUAGAAGAUCUGUGAAUCUCUCAAGACAUGAGUCGGAUAUUCGGCCUAACAAGCUGUUGACCUGGUGUCAGAAACAGACAGAAGGGUACCGUAAUGUUAGCGUCACAGACCUGACUACCUCCUGGAAAAGUGGCCUUGCACUGUGUGCAAUUAUCCAUCGCUUCAGACCUGACCUCAUAGAUUUUGAUGCUCUGAAUGAAGAAGACAUUGUCAAAAACAACCAACUGGCAUUUGAUGUUGCUGAGCGGGAAUUUGGGAUCCCCCCUGUGACUACAGGGAAGGAGGUGGGAUCAGCCGGGGAGCCCGACAAGCUCAGUAUGGUCAUGUACCUCUCCAAGUUUUACGAGCUGUUCAGGGGCACACCUCUGCAGGCAGUAGAUGCUGGGGACAAGCAAAAUGGAGAAAAUAAUGAUCUUUCUUCAGCAAAAUCAUCAAACUUCAUCUUUAAUAAUUACAUCAAUUUAACUUUACCAAGAAAACGAGUACCGAAGGUUGAAGGGAAAACAGAAGAAAAUGAGACUAACAAAAGACGUCGAAAAGGUCUUUUUGGUGUCUUUGAGGAGGCUUCAGGCUUUUCAAGCCAAGCGACAAGUGUUGGGAAAGAACAGAAUGAUAGCAAAGAAGGAGUGAACCAGAAUAAAGUUAAAUCAAUGGCAACUCAGCUGUUGGCCAAGUUUGAAGAAAAUGCUCCAAAUACAAUGUUUCGGAGGCAGAAAAGAGCUCAGACCAUAGCAAAUAGAGAAUUCCAUAAAAAGAACAUUAAAGAGAAAGCAGCACAUCUUGCCUCAAUGUUUGGAUACAUGGAGUUUCCAAAGAGUAAGCUGCCUACUAAAGGCUUAUCCCAUUCUCAGCCCCCAACUCCCUCUUGCCUUCUACCUCAUGAUUCAGCUGCUGCCUGUCCUCCGUCAUCUGUAGGUUCAACUUCUCCUGCGCUUCCUUCUAGACAGGGAUCUCUGCGAAAAGAAUUCCCUCAGUCUAUUGGGGGGAGUGACAUUUGUUAUUUCUGCAAAAAACGGGUAUAUGUUAUGGAGCGGCUGAGUGCAGAAGGCCACUUCUUUCACAGGGAAUGCUUUAAGUGUGAAAUAUGUUCUACAACACUCCGUUUAGGGAUUUAUGCCUUUGAUGUUGAAGAAGGUAAAUUUUACUGUAAACCUCAUUUUGCACACUGCAAAAUGAGUAAUAAACACAGAAAGAGAAGAGUGACAUUACAGGUCCAGGGAAAGGAGGCAACAGAAGCACGGAAGAAAGAAGAACCCAAAUCUACAGAGACCACCACAGAAAGCACUUUAACUACUGCUAGCAGUCCAGAGGACAGGUCCCCAGGCUGCUGCCAGCCCGUGGCCGAUGAGCCCACCUCUCCGAAGAAGGCAAAGAGCAUCCUGGAGCGCCACAACUUGGAAAACUGGUCACCUUCUCCAGAGUGGACCACCGUGAGGGUCAUCCCUGAGGAGGAAAUGACAGAGCACAACCUCCUUGCUAUUCGAGUCAUAGUCACCAGUGAUGCAAGCAGCUCUGAGCUGGAGUCUGAUUUUAAUGGUGAUUCCUCCAACUCUGAGGUGGGUGAAGGAGAGACCUCGCUGCUGGAGCGCCCUGCCUGUCCGAGCCCCCCCCGGUGGUGGGCAUCACUCUCCAGGAGCCCUGUGGUGCCAGAGGAAAGCCACAAAACAUCCAAAGUUGCUGAUGCACUACAGAGAGCCAACAGCUUUCACUCCACUGCAUUAAAUAAGUAUCAGAAUUGGAGAAGAAGAAUCCAAACGAAUUUCUCUCUGCUUUCUAACAAGAAACCUGGGCUACACUGGAAGGAGAGCUCAGCCAGCUGUCAAAGUGAUCUCGGAGAGGAUCAGUUCCAAACACAGAAACCACCAGAAGUUACAAGAGGACAUGUCCAAACCUACAGCUCAGUAUCUCAAAGAAAAGAAAAAGUCAGAGAGAUGAGUGAAGAUGUCCAUCUCUACGUGCCUCAUUGUCCAUUUCAGAGCAGGGCCAGAGGUUCUCCACGGAUCCCUUGUGGUAAUGGGACGCUGGCUGAUGAGUUUUUGGAGCCUGAAGAUGUAGAUUGUGACACUGGGACAUGUACAGGCCAGAGCUGGAAUGAAAACAAACAGAAUUACACCUCUGAAUCACAAGGUUUUAACAGGAAUGCCAAAGUGCUGCCAUCUCUCCGUUUGAAAGAAAAAGAUGAGAAAAAUACAAGGCACCCAGAAGAAAAGUUUGAGCAAGAAUUAAAGGAGGCAAAAAAGAGGCUGGUGCUUUGCACAGAACAGCAACCUAUGUUGUAUGAGUCAAAUGGGGUAGACUUAGGUGGAACCAGGCUGCAGCAUCAAAACAAAGGAGUGCUGGGUAUUUCAGAGGAGAAUAAUACUGACUGGAGAAAAGGUGUGUUCAAACAAUCUCGUCAUUUGCCUCUCUUAUUUGCAGAUGAUGUACCACCGGCUUUGCCAGUUGACAUGAAAGGUGCUCUGAAGAAUCCAGACACAGCUGCCAAGGCGCCUACAGCUGGCCAGCCAAAAUCACCGUUGAGGCUCAUUGCCAAUGCAAUCAAGAGGUCCAUUUUGGAGCCUCUAACCUUAUCUACAGAAGGACUAAAGCAGGACUCAGACAGCAAAUCCAAAGCCUCUUCAGAACUAGCUUACUUCAGCUUCCCCAGUACUCCUGGCUAUUCCCUAAGCCAAAGGAACAGUAAUAACAACAGAGCAAAUAACAGUCAGCCACAGGAGCUUAAAAUUGGGAAGCAGGCUGGAGAAUAUUUAGGAAUUACUUGCAAUUUUCUCUCAACUCCAUCUAAUUUUUCUGUCAGCUCUGAAGGGAUAUCUCCAAGUGAAUACACCAAGGAGCUAUUCUUCCCUGUCUACAGUCCACACAGCAGGCCUUCCAGGACCACUGGUAUACCUCAUAAAUCACCUUGCACUAGGAUGGAGGAUGUCCCAGGACUCCUAGAAAAGUUUACCUUUAAAGACACUCCUCCAGUGGCUCCCAGGGAUGAUGUAUUUACCUGUAACGAGAAGUACCUCCUUGCUUCAUCUCGGGAAUCCAAGAACACUCCCAGGGACAAUCUGGAUGAUUCCAUACAGAGUAGUAGUCUUGGGUCACUUUUUGAUAGACUGAGAAGUAAGGUUCGUGAAAGAGAAGGGAAUCUUCUUGUGUCAUCUCUGCCUUUCGUGAGGGACCGUUCUGCAGAAGACAGGCUACAUUUUCCUUCUGCAGGAUGUGAACAUCCAACUGUCAGAAAAGAGGCUGCCGAGUAUUCUACUUCUUCCUCUGAUGAUGAAUUUGAAUCGAAGCCUUCGUUAACACAUAAGGCAAAAAUGUCUCUUAGAAGGAGAAGGAAGCUGGAGAAGAAGACAAAGCAAAUGAUUAAACAAGAGGAGCUGAAGAGGCUUCACAAAGCACAGGCAGUCCAGCGGCAACUAGAAGAACUGGAGGAAAGACAGAGAGCACUGGAGAUUUUUGGUGUUAAACUGGAGAGGGAACUCAGAGGAGAAUCAGAUUCAGGUACGCAGGAUGAAACUCAGAUGCUACAUGAGUGGUUUGAGCUGGUCCUGGAGAAGAAUAAAUUAAUGCGUUACGAGUCUGAGCUUUUGAUUGUAGCCCAAGAACUAGAACUGGAAGACCACCAAAGCAGGCUGGAACAAAAGCUGAGAGAGAAGAUGGCUGUUGAUGACAGCCUUAAAGAUGAGAUGGAUCUAAAUGAGGAGGAUGAAAUUUUUACUGAGAUGAUGAAAGUGGUUGAAGAAAGGGACAAACUUGUGUCUGCCUUAGAGGAGCAGAGAGUGAAAGAAAAAGCAGAAGAUCGGCACUUUGAAAGUAUUAUCUUAUCUAGAGGCUAUCAGCUGAGUGGGAUUUAAACAGCCAUAUGUAAAUAAACAUGAUUUCAGCAAUAUUCAUAAUCACAGAGGUACUAUCUUGUGAAUUAUGAGGGAAUUCAAAUUUGAAGUCAGCUUAUUUGGGAAAGGUCAUCUUGUUAUCUUAAGCAGUUUCUUUGCUUACACUAGAGUGAGUCACUUCACUGUCAGCUUCAAGGGUCGCAAGAAUAAAGAAUGGGACUGGAUUUACCUGUGUGAUGGGCAUCAUGGUCUGUAAAAGGGAAAUCAGAGCUCUGAUGUUUUCUUGGAAUUUUAUUUUAAUGCUGAGAAUAGAGUUCCUGAGAAACAUGAUGACAUCAUCCAGUAUUUUUGAGAUGGCAUUACUUUCCAUCUGUUUGUCUGACUCUGUAUGUGGUUUUGGGAAUAUUUUGGCACAGCCAAGCAAUGAUGAACUAUUUAAAGGCCAAAAAGCAAGCUUCUUGUAUAAAAUUAUGUUUAAUAAUAAAUAAUUAGUUUUUAUUUCUGGUGGAGGAAGGGUCUUCUGACUAAUAACUACGUAUAAGCACUCAUUAAAACUAUUGUAAAUGCAAUGUCAGAAAUUAAUUUUCCAGGUAUUUCUAACUUUUAGAAUACUGUGUAUUUUUGAACAAGAUGUUGAAACAAUAUUAAAUCCCUGCAUUUUGUAAAAUGGUAAGGGAUCAUCAAAUGGGUGACUUAUCCUUAAAACUGUUAUAGGCUCAAAAUAGCUUUUGUAUGGCACAGAUAAAGAUCUUUUCUAAAAUAUGCUGAAUGAUAAUUUUAAAAUCCAGACCUGAUUAGCAUCUAUAGGGUAGAUUUUACAGUUGUUUCAUAAAAUAUAUCACAAAUAGUAUCAUAGGGUGUCAUGAGUAGUGUAGCAGUUACAAAUCUCCCUUAGAAUAAUUCAUCAAAACAUUUACAAAAAAUAUUGUUUUGUAAUGGAAACAUUUAAUAGAAAAUGCUGUGAGUAUAUUUAAAAUACAUUUAUAUUGCUGCUCGAAAGUAUGCAUGGAGAUUUUUUGCUUAAAGGAGGUAUCUGCUAUCUUUUUUUGUACAUGCAUGUAUAGACAUUGGCAUAGCAAAUGUGCAGAAAUUCUCAUUAGUAUUCAGCAUACUUUUAAGUACUUUCUUAAAUCUGAGAUAAUUGUGCCAUUUAAGAUUGGUAACAUUCCCAACUGUAUGUAUGAUGCACUACAUUUUCAAACUGAAAAAAAAACACAAGGAGAAACUGAAAGUCUGUUUAUUCUUGAAUAUCAUUUUACCUUAUGCUUUGACUAAGAUUUGAUGUUCUCAUUAUUUCACAAAUGGUGCUUAUUUGCAAGAGUUUUCUGUCUUGCAGCCAAAGCUACAAGCAUUCUUGUUACAAAAAAAAAAAAAAAAAAGUUAAAAAAAACUCUUGGUAGCUACUUGUAGGGUAACAGACACACUGAAUCCUGUCACAAUAAUUUAUGAAUGAUUUUUUUUUCUGUGUUGUAAGAAAUUUAAAAUAUCCUUUUUAAAAUUAAAAGAAAGAUUUUACUAUUGACCACAGAUUUACAAUAUACCUCUAUUGGUGCAAGGAACAUACUAUUGUUCUGCAAUAUUUAUGUAUUUAUACUUAUUUAUUAGCCGGUUUAAUGAGGACAAGCAUCUCAUUAUAUUUUCUAGUUUGGAUGUUGUCUGCAAUUUCCAUAAAUAAAAGUGUAUUUCUAACAGUUAUUUAUAGGUAAAGGUCUGCAUAGUAGACUAGAUAGCUUUAUUAAUUUGGUAAUUAUUAGUAUAAAAUAUAAAUUAAGAUUUAAACAGCAAUAUCUUAGUGGGAUACCCUUACAAUGUAACUUAUAGGACCUUAACAAUAUAAUUGGUCUUUCAUAUUGGAAAGAAAUAGCAGAAUCCCUGAAUAUAUUUCAAAAUUACUAUCAGUUUUUUUUUCCUUCUGUCAUUCAUAUGCUGAGCAUACUUUGAUCUUCAGGUUACAUUUUUUUGUUGAGAUGGAUUGCAGUGAGUGAUUUUUAAACCAACUCUAUUACUUAAGAUUGACGCAAAGUAGAAGCAAGAAGGACAGCAAUAAAUAUUUAAAUUUUCUCUGUUGAAAUCUGCUGGCAUUUCCAGUUUUGUGGAGAAAAUUUCUGGAUUUUAUCACUGUUCCCAGAAGCCUCAUGUAGUCCAGUAGAUUAAUACUGUCUAGAUCAUCCAUCGUUGUUCUCUGUAGAAAACUGAGAGUCAUAGUACUUUCAACAUAACUUUUUAAAGUUUUAAAGCAAACAUUUUUCUUAGUGCUUUGCACAGGAUGGUAAUUCAGCACAGAAGCCCUCAGUUUUUUCAAUCAAGGAUUAUUUUUUUCACCUCACUGUUACUCUCAGAAAAGCCCAUUCAUCCUCCUGUUGCUGCUGUACAGAAAGCGGGAGGAAGGGCAGCCUCAGAGGAACAUGAAGCACCUUGUCCUGAGGGGCAGAUCCUCUGCCAAAGUCUGAUCCUCUCGCCCAGGUAAGGUGCCACACUGCAAGUGCCCAGGUUCAGGCCACUCCACGUUGUAGACAGGCCCUGACACUUCACCUUAUAGCAGAUCCUUGUUUGGCCAUUGAGAGUUGAGAAUAUUAAAGUCAACAGGAGCUGAGAGCCAUCAGCAUUUUAUGGACCUCAAAAAUAUUAUUUACUAAAAAGUUACUUUUCUGCAUGCCAUAACACGCUCCACCCACAACUGCAAGUCUCGUGUCUCUGCUCCUGCGUGUAAAAACCUGCCAGGCUACCAUUACCCUGACUGAUACCAUGUACCUCACAAGAUUAGAUCCAAAAAUGAACUAUGCAGGCGAUUUAAAAACAAACAAAAAACAACAACAACAACAAAAAAACUCUUCAGCAACUUAAAGCAGAUCUUCAUGUAUUGUGAGAGUAAAGGAGGAAAAAGAAAAAGAAGUUAUGUGCACUGUUCACAGGUCAAUUUAAUAUGGCUGACUUGUAUUACAAAUGUAUUUAAGAGUGUUUGGUUAUGAGUGCUCUUGCUGCUCAAUCUUUUCUUUAAAUUGACUCACUAACGUAUAAUGGAUUUAUGGAUUUUUUUUUUCAGUCCUUGGCACUGUCAUUGUUGGGUAUAAUGUGAUGUGCUGGAUCGUAUUGGCCGUGUCUAAAUGGACUAGAUGUGAGCAAUUUUGUAUUUGAAGAAAUAAAAUUGUAUCUCACUC